ACUUGGAGUGUCGUUUCCGGUUGCGGUCAACUUCCGUUUGUCCAUUCAUAAAACCCAAGUUUCUUCCCAGAAAGUUACCCAAGAUACUGACGAAUCUGUCAAUUUCCAUCAAUGGUCGCAUAAGUAGCGAGAAACGAGAACGAGAAGAGCUGCAAUUUCAUCGUUUGCGAGAUAGAUCAAAGGAUCUCCUGAUCUUUGGCCUCGUGCCGAUGAAGGACGUUUUUCUUGCUGCUAAGCCAUGAAAGAUCUGAAAUUUUUCGUCGAUGAUUGGACUAUCAAGAUGACAAGCUCUGCAAUCAGGAGUUGGGUUUUCUUUGCACUCUCUUCAAUUUGGUUUUCUUUGGCAAGAAGCUACAUGCACACAUACGUCAGCAAUGAUCAUAUGUCUGCGCAAGUUAAUUCUUUGACCUCCAUUGAGACUUUGCUUCCCUUGAGUUACUAUGGUCUCCCAUACUGCAAGCCCAUGGAAGGGAUCCGAAAACGCGUCGGCAAUGUGGGCGCCGCUCUCAUGGGAGACCAGAUUGUCAACUCGCCGUAUCGGUUCCGAGGGCAUGUGAAUGAGUCCAUCUACCUCUGCACUACUAGUCCCCUGAGCAAGCAGGAGGCGAGGCUCUUGAAGCAGCGCAUUCGCGAUAUGUACCAAGUGAACAUGAUGCUCGAUGGUUUGCCGGUAAUAAGGUAUGUCAGCUAUGGUGGGAUUGACAUCCAAUGGACCGGCUUCCCAAUUGGGUAUCCACUGCCGGACAGCGAUGAUGUUUACAUCAUUAAUCAUCUCAAGUUCACCAUCUUGGUGAACGAGCACAGUGACUGCGGUCAGCGGGGCUGUGACAUAAUGGAUUUUGAUGCGUCAUCCAAUGGCAUGAUCUCUGAGGGUUAUAAAGCGACGUCGCCGUUCGAGAUUGUGGGCUUCAGGGUGGUUCCUUGCAGUGUCAAGUACGACCCAGAAAACAUGCAAAGGCUCAAAAUGUAUGACAACAUUGAUCCAAUUGAAUGUCCCCUCGAUCUUGAGACAUCGCAGGUUGUGAGGGAGGACGAGAGGAUAUCCUUCACUUAUGAAGUUCAGUUCGUGAAGAGCGAUAUCGGCUGGCAGUCUCGUUGGGACAUUUAUUUGAAGCAGGGAGAUUCGAGUGUCCGUUGGUUCUCGGUACUCAAUUCUCUGAUAACCAUCCUUGUCUUAACCGGUAUUGUCUUCGCCAUAUUCCAUAAGACCAUAUCUAGGGAACUUGCAAAAUGUCGGGGACUCGAUAAGCAGGCUGAAGCACAGACUGAUGACGAGCCUUCGGGUUGGAAGCUUCUCGCCGGUGAUGCAUUCAAAGAGCCGAAUCACUCUAGGCUUCUCAGUGUGAUGGUUGGCACUGGGGUCCAAAUCGCACUGACUGGAUUUGUGACUGUAAUUAUCGCAGCCUUCGGCUUCGUACCGCCUGAUGCUCGAGGAAUGAUACUGACGUUGAUAAUAACUAUCUACUCUUGUUUGGGAAUCGUUGGCGGGUACAUUGGCGUGCGUUUGUGGAGAACGCUGAAAGGAAGUACUGAUGGUUGGAAAUUGGUCUCAUGGUUGAUCGUAUUUCUCUUUCCAGGAAUCAUCUUCAUCGUACUGGUGUCCCUCAACUUCGUAAUGUGGAACAACCGUAGCACCGCCUUUAUUUUCUCCUCCAUGUAUGUCAGAUCUUUGUUGCUCUUGUUCUGCAUUUCAGCGCCAGUCACGCUCUUGGGAGGACUCCUAGCGACCUGGGCCGAGGCCAUCCAAUAUCCAGUGAAAACUAAUCACAUUCCUAGGGAAAUCCCGGCUAGGACACUUCUCUCGUGGCUCUUAGUUCUUGAUGCUGGGAUGAUCCCAUUCGGCACGCUCUUUAUUGAACUCUUCUUCCUUCUGAGUAGCAUAUGUCUCGGUAGGUUCUACAGCGUGACGGGGACCCUCUGCCUUUGUCUUCUGUCCCUCAUUAUUCUCUGUGCUGAAACUUCCUUGAUCAUUACCUAUCGCAAUCUACAAGCCGAGGACUGGAAAUGGUGGUGGAAGUCUUUCUGUGCUUCCGGUUCGGCUUCCAUCUUUGUGUUCAUGUACAGCAUCUAUUACUUGGUUUUUGACCUGAAGGGAUUGAGCGGGACCCCAUCGGUCACAGUUUAUGUUGGUUACUCGCUCAUCGCGGCGAUAGCAUCCCUGCUAUCAACUGGUAGCAUCGGUUUCCUCGCUUCGUUCUACUUUGUGAAUGCUCUCUUCUCAUCAACAGAGAUCUGAGUAGAGUCGGCUUUUUCUGAAGUUCAUCCUCUGCUUGAGCUCCUUGCAUUCGGAAAGCUGAAGUUGCCUCGAUCCUAAUACAGGAAUGUUUUACUUUAUUAUCUAUUGCCUUGCCUUUGUCAUGUUUCGCUGUCGAAAUAAGAACGGGACUGUCGUAGAUAGCUAUUAAUGUUUCAAAGUAAUGUAUUCCUAUCUAUGGCAUAGAUUUCCACUGUCAUUUCUGUAUCAUCCGAUGAUCAAGUAUGGAGCUUUAUCGCUAACAGUCUUCUUC